GUGCUGUGAGUGCGGGGCCUCUCUGUCCCACCAGUACUAUGAGAAGGAUGGGUGCCUCUACUGCAAGAAGGAUUACUGGGCACGCUUUGGGGAGCUCUGCCAUGGCUGCUCCGAGCAGAUCACCAAGGGGCUGGUCAUGGUGGCUGGGGAGCAGAAGUACCACCCCGAGUGCUUCAGCUGCCUCAACUGCCGCACGUUCAUCGGGGACGGGGACACCUAUGCACUGGUGGAACGCUCCAAGCUCUACUGCGGGCACUGCUAUUACCAGAUGGUGGUGACGCCGGUCAUCGAGCAGAUCCUGCCAGAUUCGCCGGCUUCCCGCAUCCCGCACACAGUCACGCUUGUCUCCAUCCCUGCCUGCUCCGAUGGCAAGCGUGGCUUCUCCGUCUCCAUUGACCAGGGCUGCGGCACCGAGCACCCACGCACCGUCCGCGUCCGAGAGGUGGAUCCAGACUGCAUCAGCCCUGACAUGAAGAACUCCAUCCAUGUGGGCGACCGCAUCCUGGAGAUCAACGGCACCCCCAUCAGCCACGUCCCCCUGGAUGAGAUCGACCUGUUGAUCCAGGAGACCAGCCGCCUGCUCCAGCUGACCAUCGAGCACGACCCCCACGAGCCUCUUGCCCACGAGUCAGGACUUGCCUGCAGUCCCCUGCCUGCCCUGUGCAGCCCCCUGCGCUCCCCGGCCCCCCUGCCCUGCGGGGAGCCCGGUGCCAUGCGCCAGCGGACUGUCAUGAGGAGCUGCAGCACAGACAAGUCUCCAGGCUCCGGCUCGGUGGGCUCACCUGCAUCCCAACGCAAGGACAUCGGUCGCUCUGAGUCAUUGCGUGUUGUCUCCCGUGCCCAUCGCAUCUUCCGCCCCUCUGAUCUGAUCCACGGCGAGGUGCUGGGCAAGGGCUGCUUUGGCCAGGCCAUCAAGGUGACGCAUCGGGAGACAGGCGAGGUGAUGGUCAUGAAGGAGCUGAUCCGCUUUGACGAGGAGACGCAGAGGACCUUUCUCAAAGAGGUGAAGGUGAUGCGCUGCCUGGAGCACCCCAACGUGCUGAAAUUCAUUGGGGUGCUGUACAAGGAGAAGAGGCUCAACUUCAUCACGGAGUACAUCAAGGGUGGCACCUUGAGGGGCCUCAUCAAGAGGAGGAGCUAUGAUGAGAAGGUGGACAUCUUCUCCUUCGGCAUUGUCCUGUGCGAGAUCAUCGGCCGGGUGAGCGCUGACCCUGACUACCUGCCCCGCACCACUGACUUUGGCCUCAACGUCAGGGGCUUCCUGGACCGCUACUGCCCCCCCACCUGCCCCCCCAGCUUCUUCCCCAUCGCUGUCUGCUGCUGCGACCUGGACCCUGAGAAGCGGUGA